CUGUACUGCCAGCUCCAUCCAUCAACUGCCAGCAUGAGCACACGCCAAUCAAAAAACAACUCAGACACAGACCUGUGUACCUCAGUUAGCGUGUUCGAUGUAGAGCCAGUAGUGGAGGAGACGGCAAUCCAUCGUAUUGUCAAUGUUUUUCAGCCCUAUAUCCAGCCCUGUGUGGCUGAACUGGUGGGCUCCACGCUUUUCAUCUUCACUGGCUGCAUGUCUGUCAUAGAGAAUCCACAGGACACUGGGAGUCUGCAGCCAGCUCUAGCACAUGGCCUCGCACUGAGCAUCGUCAUUGCACUGUUUGGGGAGAUCAGUGGAGGUCACUUCAACCCCGCUGUCUCUGUAUCUGUUUACCUGAUUGGGGGUCUUAAUGUUAUUCUGUUGAUACCGUAUAUUAUGGCACAACUGUGUGGUGGACUCAUUGGAGCAGGUCUGGCUAAAAGUAUCUCACUAGCACACAAUUACUACAAUGCAUCUGGUGGUGCAUUUAACACAGUCCAAGAGCGAGCACAGGUUGAACCUGCUGUUAUAGCUGAGAUGGUAAUGUCACUGUUCCUGACUAUGUCAGUGUGCAUGGGAGCGGUGAAUGGCAAGACACGUACCUUACUAGCUCCAUUCUGUAUUGGAUUGACAGUUGCUGCCGAUAUCUUAGCAGGAGGAGCAGUCUCUGGAGCAUGCAUGAACCCAGCACGUGCUUUCGGACCAGCAGCAGUAGCAAAUUACUGGACAUAUCACUGGAUCUACUGGAUUGGACCCAUAGCUGGUGCAGUGCUCACUGCUACUCUCAUUCGGUUGAUGCUGGGGGACGAGAAGAUUAGAGUGAUACUGAAGUAACCUGACAAAAAAAAAAUCUAUGUAAAUUAUGUCACUAGUUCUUCCACUCUGUCGUUUCUAAGUGUUUAAUCAGUCAGUUUUGGUACUUCAUAAUAAUACAAAAUAGUACCUAAUAUAGGCAACAGAAUAUAAUAUAAUACAGUAGAAUAGGUCAGAAUUUUGAGUAUUUCUCAAAUUUAAAAUAUUUUGAUUAACGUGGUGUGACACUUGACAUAUACACACAAAAACAAAUUACAUGUAAUUUUUUUUAAAAUAAAAGUUCAAAGUUUCAAACAUGAUCUUCAUAUGACUUUUAAACUGUUGCACAUAAUUCUUUUUAACAGCUUCAGCAGUAAUGUACAAUCUACAUAUCUACUAUGCAGUGUGAGUCUUUUCAUUGCUCAUUGUUCAGUUUAAUGGUACUGUAUAUAAUGCUUGGAGACCGGCUUGGGUUGGUUAUUUUUUUUCUUUUUUCUUUUUUAAAUGUAUGCCACAUUUGAAUUUUCAGUUCAUUACCUUGCUGAAGAAUCACUGACUAUAUAAUUGGGAUUGAAAUUUCUUUAUAAAUCUGAUAAACAUGUCAACAGCAAAUCACCCUGUUUUUCAGUAGGAAUUUCAAAUAAAGCUUAAGCUAAUUUAUAUAGAAGUAAAAACAAGCCUUGAGAGAACAAGAACAUCAAAUUUCCAUUUCAUAUUUAUGGCAUUUAACUACUACUAAACUCUAUGUGCAUAAUUUAAAAAGCAGAACCUCAAGGAUCAAAGAUUUCCUUAGACCUAAUGAUACCUUAUGUACAUAAUAUAUUCUAUACUGUCUCUUAUUCUUCCCAUCACUGUAACUCCACCGUAAUCAUGCUGGCGGUAUCUUGA